AUGUCCGCUCCAUCACAGCCCCCGAAACCGGUGCUGAGCGCAUCGUCCCACGACGUGCGCUACUUCGCAGCUCUCCUGCGCGGCGUUAGUUUCUCGAACAGAGCAACCAUCUACCUCGCAAGUAACGGUUUCAACGUUUCUGUUCAGGAAGGGAAGACAAUAACCGGUACCGCCUUUGUAUCGGAUCACGUCUUUGACGAAUACCAGUACAAUGACGAAGGAUUUCUUCCCGCUUCCCAAGACUCCGAUUCGGCCCCUGCCCUCGGAUUUGAGAUACGUUUGAACACGCUCCUCGAAUGUCUGAACAUAUUCGGGACGGCAGGGACUGCGUCGCUGUCGUCAAAUUCAAAAUCCAAGAAACAGCGGAGAAAUGAUCAUGAUGGCGAUAGCGACGAGAAUAAUAGGCAUGGUCCUUUGGACAAGUAUUUCACUGCCAACACGGGCGGCACGGGCAUGAGGAUGUCAUAUGCCGGGCCUGGCCAUCCUCUGACACUCAUCCUGGCAGAGAGCUCUUCCGGUCCUACAGCAACAUGUGAGCUCACCACCUUCGACCCGGAGGGACCCGUGGAGAUCGAAUUUGCUCAAAACACAGUAAAUAUGCACAUCAUACUGAAGUCCUCAUGGCUCCGAGAUGCCCUUUCUGAGCUCGAUCCAUCCUGCGAGAAGCUCACCUUCGUCUGUACACCUGCUCCGCAAGGGAACAACGCAUCCCGCACACCCCUUUUUCGCAUCCUGGCGGAAGGCAUGUUCGGAAGCACCGAGAUGGAUUACCCGAACGACCGCGAGGUCCUUGAAACGUUCAUAUGCACCCAACCCGUCAAAUUCACGUACCGUUUCUCCCACAUUGCAAAAUCUACGCGGGCACUGCAGGCGUCCCUCAAGACCUCUAUGCGAACGGACGAUUUUGGAACGCUCAGUAUGCAGUUCAUGAUGCCCUCGGGAAGGGGACGGGAUGACGACGGGAUUUUGUUUGUGGAGUUCCGAUGUCUACCGCUAGACGAUCAAGUAUGAUGCACGAGUAUGACAUGAGAGAUUACCGUCGAUCUUAUCAUUCACAUGUGCCCUUACGGGUCGUCGAUGUCGUAUUCCGUGCACGCGUAAUGCAAUAACGAAGAAAAUUUAAAGGUCACGAAUUUAUAGUGCAGAGGUAUAUAAUACAUUCGUUGCGGGUAUAAAGUGCAUUACAGGCUUCAUUGGCUCGACACC